GGUCCCGGGCAUGGCGGGGGCGGGGCCUAGGGAGGCGCGCAAGGAGCAGGCUGGGGCGUCCCUCGCGCCAGCCCUUUGAACCUGGAUUCGACAGAAAUGUGAUAAUGGAUCAUCAUGUUUCCACCAUCAAACCUCGAAGAAUCCAAAACCAAAAUGUCAUUCACCGCUUGGAACGCCGGCGGAUCAGUUCAGGCAAGGCAGGUACCCACUGGCACCAGGUCCGAGUUUUCCACCAGAAUGUCUUCCCCAACUUCACAGUUGUCAAUGUUGAAAAGCCUCCUUGUUUCUUGCGUAAAUUUUCACCUGAUGGACGCUACUUUAUUGCUUUUUCUUCAGACCAGACAUCUCUUGAAAUCUAUGAGUAUCAGGGCUGCCAGGCAGCAGAGGACCUACUGCAGGGAUAUGAGGGGGAGAUCCUGUCCAAUGGCAAUGACCAGCGGUCAGUCAACAUCCGGGGCCGGCUCUUUGAACGCUUUUUUGUUCUGCUACACAUUACCAAUGUAGCGGCUAACGGCGAGCACCUGAACAGGGAAUGUAGCCUCUUCACUGAUGACUGCCGGUGUGUCAUUGUCGGCUCAGCUGCAUACCUCCCAGAUGAGCCUCACCCUCCUUUUUAUGAGGUAUACCGGAACAGUGAAUCAGUGACUCCCAACCCACGGUCCCCUCUAGAGGACUAUUCCCUCCACAUCAUUGACCUUCACACUGGCCGUUUAUGUGAUACACGUACAUUCAAGUGUGAUAAAGUGGUCCUGUCACACAACCAAGGGCUGUACUUGUACAAAAACAUCCUGGCCAUCUUGUCAGUACAGCAGCAGACCAUCCAUGUCUUCCAGGUGACUCCUGAAGGCACUUUUAUUGAUGUGCGGACCAUUGGCCGCUUCUGCUAUGAGGAUGACCUGCUCACUGUGUCAGCUAUUUUCCCUGAGGUACAGCGGGACAGUCAGACAGGCAUGGCCAAUCCCUUUAGGGAUCCUUUUAUCAACUCCCUGAAACACCGGUUGCUGGUAUACUUGUGGCGCCGGGCAGAACAGGAUGGUAGUGCAAUGGCCAAGAGGCGCUUCUUCCAGUAUUUUGAUCAACUGCGGCAGUUGCGCAUGUGGAAAAUGCAGCUCCUGGACGAAAAUCAUCUGUUCAUCAAGUACACUAGUGAGGAUGUGGUAACACUGCGGGUCACCGAUCCAUCACAGGCAUCUUUCUUUGUAGUGUACAAUAUGGUGACAACAGAAGUGAUUGCUGUGUUUGAGAAUACGUCAGAUGAACUUUUGGAGCUUUUUGAGAACUUCUGUGACUUGUUUCGUAAUGCUACCCUGCACAGUGAAGUCCAGUUUCCCUGCUCAGCAUCUAGCAACAAUUUUGCAAGGCAGAUCCAGCGCCGGUUCAAAGACACUAUUAUAAAUGCCAAGUAUGGAGGACACACAGAAGCAGUACGCCGGCUGCUGGGUCAGCUCCCCAUCAGUGCCCAGUCUUACAGUGGUAGCCCCUACCUGGAUUUGUCUCUCUUCAGCUAUGAUGACAAGUGGGUGUCAGUCAUGGAGCGGCCCAAGACUUGUGGUGACCAUCCUAUCAGGUUCUAUGCCCGGGACUCUGGCCUGCUCAAGUUUGAGAUCCAGGCAGGCUUACUGGGCCGCCCCAUCAACCACACAGUACGACGCCUUGUUGCCUUCACCUUUCACCCUUUUGAGCCUUUUGCUAUUUCCGUGCAGAGGACUAAUGCUGAGUAUGUUGUCAACUUCCAUAUGCGACACUGCUGCACAUAGGUGCCGCACCAAAGCUAGAUUAUCCAGUCUUCCAAGACUUUGCCCCCUUCUUUUCUCAGUGGACUCUAAAGCAGAAGCUCCUGACUACCAGCUUUGUUGGUUCCAGGCUGAUAUACCUCACAAGGGAGAGAGCCAGAGAAAGGAUCAAGGGUGGCUCAACCUAAUGGAAUUGUUUAUUGUAUACAGUACUAAUACUGUAGGACUGAUGGAUUUAAAGUCCUCUUGCCUUUUCCAUGUGGGAAAUGCCCAGCAUUAAGUCCACUUAAUUUUUGUUUUCCUUUGCAUUUUAUUGCUGUGAAGAUGAAAGCAUUACACCUUUACCCCUUUAUGUCACUGCUUUGGCAUUAUGGUAUGCAGCCCAAACCAGGUUAAUCUUAUUUACUCCUGAGAACUAUGUACUUCCUUUCAACUUAGCCAACAAGCAAGGCUAUCUUUAUAAGAAAAAAAAAAAUAAAGCCUUGAUAUUUUCUUACUUAAA